AAGCUAGCAUGGUAUGGCCGUCAAUGUGGUCCGCGCUUGAAAUAUUGUUGGAAAUUUUACGUUUUUACUGAUUUUUAGUGUUUAGAUUAAGCCUACCUUUCUGAGGUCGUCAUAAUCUGAAAGAUGUGGGGUACAGGGCACUCUCACCAAUGGUGGCCACCCAACUAUAUGUAUGGCAUGCCCCAGCAACAGCAGAUGGGCUCUGCUGAAAGUUGGGCAGCUCGAGCAGCACUAUGGGCUCAGCAGCGUCAUGUGGAACAACACUAUGCCCAACAAUAUCAACAGCAGCAACAAACCGAGCCUCAAUCAGCUACUCCAGCAUAUCCAGCUCUACCUCCAGAAAAUGCCCCACCUCUCCCACCAGAUAACAUGGGCCAAACAGGUCAGCCCCCUGAACCUGAACCACCUGGUCUUCAAUCAGAACCAGACCCCCCUGGUCUACCAUCAGAACCACAACCUCCUGGUCAGCCACAAACUGAUCCCUCUAGUAAUGGUCAUGUGUCAGAUGUGCCUCUUCCUCCUGGAGAGUUGUAUCAUGGUGAACCAGCACCGCCAGGAAGUAGUGUUGUCUGUCCCCCAGGUGAGAGUUCUACAACUGAAUCACAAAAGGAAACACCUACAUUAGAUAACGUAGAAGUUGCACCAAUGGAAGAAGAUGACAUUGGCAUUGCAGAUGAAUGCAUCCAACCCCCAAGUGAUGCUCCCCCACCUGACCUUUCAUCAGAAUUACCUCCUCUUCCUCCUGAUAAUCCUACUCUUUCAAAUAUUCAACCUGCUCACUAUAGCAAUACGCAUCUUGGAGAGUUUCACAUGCAGCAGCAUCCUGCAUCGUACCAUAACAACUCUCAAUUUGCAAGCGGAUACCAUCAACCACAUCCAACCUAUGCUGCGCAAAGUUUCCCUAGCAAUCAGCUUGGACAGUAUCCAGGCUUCGAUCAGAACCAAGGUGUCAUUCCUCAGGUGCCAUAUCAUAGUGACCCAAACAUUUAUCAACAAUUCACCUAUAACGAAGGCCAUGGUCAUUACAACCAAUAUGAACAGGGUAGAGAAGCAGAUUAUCACCAGCAACAACAACCAAAGCCAUUGCUACAAACAGAGAUAUCUGUGAGCAGUUUGCCAAGUCAUGUUGUACAAACUGAAACAGAUCCAGUGAAGCGAAAAGCAAUUCCCCAGUGGAUUAGAGAAGCACUGGAAAAGCGGGAAAAAGAAAAGCAGAAGGAAUUGGCUAAACAACAGGAUGAGAUUCCUUCCGAAGUUAAAGUUGAAGACGAAGACAAGUUCGAGAAGCUCGAUGAUGUUUUAAAAGAUGAAGUGGAAGAAAAGAAACCUUUCUUUAAAAUUAAAAAGCGAAAGUCUAGGUUCGCACCCCAUUCGGACAGUGACGACGAGAAGAAGAAAAAGACCGGAAAGAAGAAAGCCGACGAUGCGAAGUCCGGAGACGAGGAUAAUUGGAAGUCAAAAGAGGACAAACAAAAGGAAAAGCUUAUGAAGGUACGAAAAAUGUUGACGGAUGUCUUAUUAACGGUAACGAAUGAAGAGAUAAAAGCGGUAGCACGCGAGACUAUAGCCGCUAGGAAAGCUUCAAGAUUAUCUUCAUCGUAUGGCUCACGUACAAAAGAGAGCGGGAACAAAGGACUUGUGCAGUAUGACGGUGGCUCUGGUUCCGAAUCAUCUACCCAAGAAGUCAAUAGCGUCACGGGUGGCCAUAAUGGUAAGGGAGGAGAAAAGGAUGCCGGAAAUAUUAGCGAAUCUUUCGAUGAGAAAGCGAAAGGGAAAAAAUCUAGGAAACAUAAAAAGUCAAAGCGUGAUACCCGCAACAGUCGUGAAAGGUCAUCUCGUCGGAAAAAGUCUGUCCAGAGUCGGGAGCCCUCGUAUGAGAGCGACGGAAAAGCUUAUAAGAAGGAAAAAAGGGACAAAUCUCGCAACAGUGCUGAAAGGUCUGAACGCGAUCUGGAAAAAUCGAUGUAUGACCGCGACGAAUCUAUAGAGAGGACGGAGAAAUCGUUACGUGGCAAAAAACACCGGCACAAAACUGCCGGGGAUCGAGACAUGUCGCCUGAUGAUCGGGAUGACUCGCUACCUAGUGAAAGAAAGAGCAGGAGCAAAACAUCUCACAAGAAGCAAAGUGAGGAUAGUGGAGAAAAGGUUUCUAAAUCGUAUGAGCAAUCUGUAGAAGCUGUGGAAGGAUCGAAAAUAAUUCGUGAGCGAUCGGAAACAACACGUGAGCAAUCAGUUGAAGUGUUAUCGCAGGAUGAGGCAAAGUCUUCUAAAAAGAAACAUAGAUCUAGUCGACGAAUUUCGUCAAAAAGUCCUGAACCUACGCCUGCGCAGGAGAAAGAGAAGUCUAAUAAAAAGCACAAGUCGGUUAAAAGUCGUGCUCGGACGCCAGAUGUUCGUGAUGAAUCACCUUCUAGUCGAGAAUCAUCAAACGAGAGAAGAUCUGCUCGUAAACCUCAGAGGAAACACGAGCUGUCUCCCGAGCGUUCUAAAGAAGACAAAAAGAAGACCAAGAAAAAACAGAAGUCACGGAAAAAAGAUGUUGACAGUAGGGAAUCUUCACCCGUUACUCGAAACAGUCCAACUGAUCGUCGUGAAUUGUCGGUCGAAAGUCGUGAUUCGUCUUACGAUCCAAAGUAUAAGCAACGUUAUGAAAGCGAAGAAGAACAAUACCGAUUAAAUUCUAAAACGAAAAAAUCUUUUUUUAAAAGGGCAGCAUCAUCUGACAGUCGAGAAGCGUCGCCUGUUCCCGUGCAGCCGCGUUCGUCUAGCAAACGCAAGAAGACCAAAAAAACUCGAGAAAGGUCAGAAAGUAGUGACUAUCAGAGUCCCGUCAAGAUAGAGUCUUCAACUAAAGCCAAACGAUUGCCAAAACGUCGUGACGAAUCGGAAGAAAGUAUGAGCAAGGGGAAAUUCAGCGAAGACGAAGAGCCAGAAAUUGAUAACUCCUUUUCAAAAAGUGGAAGAAGCGCGCGUAGUCGCGAAAGAUCGGAUAAGCCACGUGACAAGUCCAAAAACGCAACGAGAUCUUCGAAGAAAGACAAGGGAAAAGUAAGAAAGGGCAAACGCGAUGAACAAAGCCCCAGCGAGGAGCAACGACGCCCCAGCGAAGAGCAACGACGCACAUCCACGAAACGUCGUAAUCGUAGCAUGUCUAUAGCAAGUGACGAGGAAGCGGAAAUUCGAAAGGAGUAUAAAAAGAGAAGCAAAAAGAGAAAGCAUCGAAAAGAAAGUCCUAGUUCUUCUGAAAGGAAGUCUUCAACUAGUGAAGUAGAAAAUGUUAGGGAGAGCGAAAGCUCCGACGUGAGCGUCAGGACGCCGAAGAAGAAGUCGAAAAAACGCAAAAUGAAUGAAAGAAAUAGGAAAGAGAAAGAACGUGAAAGAUCAGAGGAAAGUCCGAUGACCUCUCGAAGUUCUAGUCCCGAAGUCAAGAAGCGAAAGAAUGGUAAGAAGGACCAAAAAAAAUCCAGACACAAAUGAAGAUAAUCGUGUACCUUGACAAAAGCGAAACAAUCCAAGACUCGUCUCAAGGUACCUCACAAACAUUUGAUUUUACUAAUAAAUAUUUUCGCAAUUUAUUGUAAUUAGAAUGUCUUAAUAGUUUCGCAGAUUAUAUUAGACAAUUCCGA